AUGAACCGUGGCACGCAGCGCGGUUUUGGAGGACAAAGAGGAGCCCACUCUGAUCCCCAACAACACAACCGUCAGUACGCUGACGCCCAGUACCAGACGUACGAGCCUCAACCUCGCCAGGACUACAGAGAGUACGAGAACACUCGUCGUGGCCGAGGACGAACGGGAGGAAACCGUAGCAAGAAGACUCCGGUUAGCCAGUCGCUUCAAAAAGCGACGGCUCCACCACCGUCAGGGCCUCCUGCCCCAACUAGACUGUCAAAAGCUAGUUCCACCCCGAAGAACGACCCCAUAUAUCAUGAAGCUUUGAUGCCUGAGCCCGGGCAAGAGGGAAGACCAUUAGCGGAUACGCUUAAAAACUUUCCAAGCUUCAAAGGUAUUCCCGGCCUUACUCGUCAAUUGCACGAGACUUUUAAGGCCCUGGAUCCUGGAUACGCUCGACGUAUCUCUGAAUCCAUGUUAGCAUAUUACGUCGCUUGUCAUGCCCUAGCGCGCAUGUAUAAGAUAAAGGAUAAGAAUGGCAUUGUGCUUACCUUUAACGAACGUAGCUACAUGGACAGUGUCUACGGACUACAUGGAUCCCUCGCCCAACUGAUUUCGACAUACCUAUCUGGUUUUGGCAACAUUACAUCCGAGAGCGGUCGAGAAUAUAAGUGCUCAUUCCGACGCCUUGAAUACGUGCCUGGUCCCAACCACAUGCACGGUGGCUGGUUCGGUCAAAUUGACCAAGAUAAUCACUUCAUGUACAUGGAGUAUCCCUGUCUUGCGGUAUUCGCCGAACGAAUUAUACGAGAUUACGGCUUUAAUGUCCAUCAAGACGCCAGAGAUUGGGAUCUUCCCGAUGGUAUAAGACCGGACGCUGACUGGAACGCCGGCUUACCCACGCCCAAUCUCCUAGGGUAUAACCAGAGCGUGAACCUGUCCCGAGACCAAAUCGCUGUACUACAAGAAGCGGGUCUGAAUGCACAAGGGCGGUUCGAAGCUGACAAUGAUGACAUCCCACUGUGGCUGGAUUUGCUGAGAGCAAUCCAAACUGAGCUAGACCACGCCAAAUUUAAAGGAGUGCCACUCACGGAUAGUGCUUUUGGUUCACAAGGGCAAUGCGUGACCAUCACUAUGCCACGGCCUCCCGAACGAUUUGUUGCCUAUGAACUUCGCAACCCUGUUAUCGCUACGUAUCAGCCAAAUGUUCAAGGGUCAAUAGUAGUAGCAGCCCAAGCUUAUGUGUAUCGACAUGAGUGCUGCGUGUCUGAAGAAGACCUGAACGGCUGGGCGAUAUACAACUUCGACGAGUAUGCGAACGUUCCCGUCGCCUGGGGAGAAACGGCGAAUACGCUUAUCAACAAUUCGCCUCCCAUUCUGAAUUGCUCUUACUGGCACGCAGACGUACCGUCUGGUUACGAAGUGAUCAAAUUGGAGUCAGGAAAUACUAGACUUGCCGAAGAACAAAUGGUGGAUGCGGGCGAAAAUAUGGAGUAUUUUUUCAAUUAG